UGAUGAGUAGCGUUCCUAACCUAGAAAAGUCUAUGCAGAAAACGUGCGGGAAAAUAUAUGUUUUAUUAUACUGUUAUUAAUAUUCGAUUAUUAUUAUAAAUAAAGUUGUCAUUUAUGGUUUACAAUAAUUAUUAAACAAUAUAAUGACUGCAAACUCGUACAGAAAUCAAAUAUUGUUUAAUUUAUUCUACUUUGUGUGACAAAUCUCAAUUUGCAACGAUUUCUUUUCUUGAAAUUGAGGUUUAGAUAAAUAGAUUGUUUGGUAAUUUAACCUAAAAAGAUUCGAUUGCGUUAUUAAUCGAGAAAAAGAGCAAUGAACAUCAUAGAAUGUUUAUCACGUCCAGAAAUUGGUAUUUUACGAAGAAUUGUUUACAAAUUGACAAUAUGGAUAAAUCCAAUAAUUUCAUCAACAGAAAUGCAUUUUUCACAUUCUCAAAUGCGAUAUUUGCACAAAACAAAAAAAUUACUUUCUACUGCAACAAAUGACUCGAAAGAUGUUAUUUCAGAUAGAAAAGAAAAAUUCAAGGAUAAGUUAUCACUAAAAAAUUUUAUGACACGACCAAUUAUGAAAACUGAAUCAAUUCCAUAUUUAAAAAAAAUUGACGGUGACAAUAAAAAAGUUUAUUUAGAAAUUUUUGGAUGUCAAAUGAAUGUAAAUGAUGGAGAAAUAAUAUUGGCAAUUUUGAAAAAAAAUGGUUAUAAAUUUACAAAAGUAGUAGAUGAAGCCGACAUUAUUUUGAUUCUUACGUGUUCAAUACGUUCCAAUGCUGAGUUAAAAAUUAUUCACAAACUCAAAGACUAUAGAUAUUUAUUAAAUAAGAAAAAAGCCAUGGGAAUUUCCGAACAUCCAAAAAUUGGACUUUUAGGUUGUAUGGCUGAACGUUUAAAAUUUAAACUUCUUGAGAGAGAUCGUUUAGUUGAUAUUGUGGCUGGUCCUGACAGUUAUAAAGAUCUACCAAGAUUAUUGGCAAUUGCUAAUGAUAGUGAAACGGCAAUUAAUGUAAUUUUAUCAGCUGACGAAACUUAUGCUGAUAUUACUCCAGUUAGAUUAAAUCCAGAUUCUAUUUCUGCCUUUGUAACUAUUAUGAGAGGUUGUGACAAUAUGUGUACUUAUUGUAUUGUUCCAUUCACACGUGGAAGGGAAAGAUCACGAUCAAUAAAUAGCAUUGAAGAUGAAAUUAGAAAUUUAUCAAAUGAGAAUGUAAAAGAAAUUAUUCUCCUUGGACAAAAUGUUAAUAGUUAUUUGGAUUCUAUUGUACAUUCUACUAGUGUUAAUAAUACCCAAUUGUCAAAAGGUUUCACUACAGUUUACAAAAGUAAACAAGGAGGAUUAAGAUUUUACGAUCUUUUGGAUAGAGUAUCGUUAAUCAAUCCUGAAAUCAGAAUAAGAUUUACAUCACCACAUCCAAAAGAUUUUCCCGAUUCUGUGUUGCAAUUAAUAGCUGAAAGGCCAAAUAUUUGUAAAAGUCUUCAUUUACCGGCGCAAAGUGGAAAUUCAGAUGUUUUAAAGAGAAUGCGACGUGGUUACACAAAAGAAUCAUAUUUGGAAUUAAUUGAAAAUGUGCGAAAUAUUAUUCCAAAUUGUUAUAUAUCCAGUGAUUUUAUUGUUGGAUUUUGUGGUGAAACAGAUAGUGAAUUUGAGGACACAAUUUCACUUAUGGAAUUAGUUAAAUAUAAUAACGCUUAUUUAUUUCCAUACAGUAUGCGUGAGAAAACUGCUGCUCAUCGACGUUACGAAGAUGAUGUUAGUCCAGAAGUGAAAAAAUUGCGUAUGAUUAGAAUAACCGAGGUUUAUCGACGUGAAGUGGAAAAAUUGAAUACAGCUCAAAUUGGUCAACAACAACUUAUUUUAAUCGAAGGAUCGAGCAAAAAGAAUUCAGAUCAACUUGUGGGACGAAAUGAUGGUAACAUACGUGUGAUUAUUCCCAAUUCUCAUGUGGAGGAGAAUAAAAAUUCAUCCACUAAAAGACAAAUAGUUCCAGGCGAUUAUGUAGUUGUACAAAUUGUCAAUGCAAAUUCUCAAACUCUCAGGGGCGAUCCUCUUUAUAUAUCAACAUUAGUGGACUUUGAACAACAAAAGAAGUAAACUAUGAAAAAAAUAAAAGAAUCCCCAUUUGUAAAUAAGGUAUUGAUUAAUUAAUUUAAAUGAAAAUAUACUGUACAUGGAAAUUUAUAUUCCGUUUUUGAAUAAAAUUUUAAUCAUUUGUUAA